GCGUGAUUUGUUUGUGUCUGCUACUGGCUUUGCCUUUUCAUUGUUCACCUUUGUAUCCUGAUCAUGACCCCAGCGACAUGUGUCACAUUGGAGUAGAGGAGGUGAAAAAAAUGGUUGAAACGUGUGGCGAGAAAAGCAGAAGAAAUUCGUAUUUAAAUGCAAACAUCGAGCAUCUUUUGCCUGAAGAACUGUUGUCAGAAGUACAAGAAAUGAAUAUUGCAUUGAGAGAAGCAGUAAGAGAGCAAGGGGAGUUCCGUGAUUUUAUGAAAAAGAAACUUGCAGAUUUAACUACACAUUUGGAAGGAAGGAAGCCUGUGAUGCGAGGCGAUAAAAAGCCAGCUAAAUGCCCUCCAACCAUUAGUCUUCCUCUGACGAAUUUAAGGAAUGGGAAAAAGUAUUUCUUUUCCAAUCCAAAUCACUUAAACUACACCGAAUCGAAAGAGUUUUGUAGAAAGCACGGCAUGCACCUUGCAUCACCAAAAACUCUUACUGAUCUCAGUUAUUUGCACGAAAAGGCUAAAGAGUUCAACUCACGCUCUGCGUGGUAUCUGUCCGGAUCUGACAUUGGAAGAGAACCUGGAUAUUUCCGCUGGCAUGACGAUUCUCCAGUAGAUGAAGAUUUGUGGGGGUUAAAUGAACCAAACAAUUUUGGAAAAGGCAAACAAGCAUGUACAUAUAUCAAUACUACCCAUUCAAGAUCCCAUUUAUUUGAUCAAGACUGCAGCAUUUCUUGGUUUUUUAUUUGUGAGUAUUCUGAAAAAUGUAAUUAACCCUUUAUAAUUUUCACAUAAAAAAUAUGUAAGGUAAAAUUGUAAAAAAUAAACCAGUAGCAUCCAUUGACAAAUGAUAAUGGCAUUUGAUAUUUUCAAAAACUUGUUUGAUGGGAAUUUGAAAUAAAAAUGUGUGUUACAUGAAAUUAUUAAAUGCAGCAUUCACUUAAAGAACUAGAUUAAACCAAAAAACUACGUAAAAAAAGGUUUUGCCUAUUUAGAUCAAACCUGGCAUUGGUGGUUGCGUGAUUAAGUCUGCUCAAAUGAUGAAUAGUCGUCGCGACUCUCAGCGACUUUUGGGAGGGUGUGAAUUUUGUUUACGACCCCCUGCAGUCGAUUCAUCAAAUUAAUCACCUUGUUGGGUGUCGCGGACGCAACAAAAGACAAAACAAACACUCGGCGCAGUGGGCUUGCGUUGGCGUCAUAAAUCGUUUUUUAUCAUUCUUCCUUCUCUCAACAGCAGUGUCAAAACGCGAGCGCACUACAAUACCGUUCUCCGCGCGUUUUAUUUUCCAGUUCAUAAUUUACAAUUUAAUCAGAUGUC